GUGAACCAUUUCGAUUGAGUUAUUUGUAGGAAAAACUGUGUAGGUGCGGGCAGUAUAUUUACAUAAUGAUCCCAAAUAAAAUGUUCAUUUUACUAAUUCCAUUAAAUUAUCAAAUAAUGAUUAGUUAUCGUUGUGGAAAGAUGAAAGAACAGCGGAUGCAUCUCCAUUGUGUAUAAAAGCCAAUGUCAAGGCCUUGUAUUCAAACACUUCUCCAGUUCGUAUUGAUGCAGUUGUGCAUACCAUAUACAACUACACGUUCAUUAGCUCGUCAUGAUAAUUUUUCAUUUAAUAACGUUAUGUUUUUAUAUGUCAAGCAUUUCCGGGACAUUGGGCAACAACGCCAUGGACCUAUACUACUUUCCGUUGAGUCCACCAUCUAGAGCAGCUCUGAUGACUAUGAAGGUUUUAGGGCUGAAUCCCAACAUCAAAAUUGUCAACAUACCAGAAGGGGAACAAAUGAAACCGGAGUUUCUGAAGAUCAACCCUCUUCACCAAAUUCCAGUACUAAAUGAUGGUGGAUUUAUUAUCUCUGAAAGUGUCGUCAUCAUGAAGUACCUAGUUGACACAUAUGCCAAGGAUGAUACUCUGUUCCCCAAGGACCCAAGAAAAGCAGCAGUCACAUUGCAAAGGAUGUUAUUCAUAUCAGCAUAUAUGUUUCCACGAAUGGUAGGCUAUAUGGCGGGUCCUAUCUUAGAUGGAGAAGAGCCAGAUGCAGAAAAAGGGCAAAAACUUGAAGAAGCAAUCAACCACCUAAAUAACUUCAUUGGAGACAACCAAUGGGUAGCUGGCAACACAAUGACGGCAGCUGAUAUCAUAGCAGUAUCUAAUAUCGCUACUAUUGAUGCGAGUGGUGCUUUCGACUUAAAAGCCUACCCCAAUCUGUGGCAAUGGUACGGAAGGAUAAAAGAAGCCUUAUCAUCAGCCGGUUAUAAUGAAGUAAUCAAGAAAGGGGCUGACAUGUUUGGAAAAGCUUUCAAGGACGUUGUGCAUUAAAAAGGCAUCGCCCAUUUUUCUUGUAAUGUUGGCAAGCUUUGUAUAAGUAGGAGUUACAUUAUUUUCUAUUUUACUCCACGAAACAUGUGAUGGUUAAAUGUUGGGGUUGUGGAGUAUCUCAUCUGUUUGAGUGAUACCAGGAAUACGCAUAGCUCAAAUAUUUAGAUUUUACAUGCUCAUUUCAGUAACUGUCCUUUUGUUAUUUGAUUAGCCCGUCAUUAAAUCCAGCCAGUUUUUAUCAUUUUUAAUUAUAUUACAGACGUAGAUAUUAACGUCAACCUCUUUUGACAUUUGUCACGCAUGAACCAAUGUGUAUGUCUAACCUAGUUUCAGCAGAAAUCGCUACAAGCGACUAACUGUGAUUUGGAAAUCUUUUUUUAAAACAGAAGCAAUUCUGAGGGAUUUUUGUGCCUCCUGUUUUUU